AGCUCUCAUUUUCAGCCGAGAGAGAGAGAGGGAGAGCGGUGGAGACUCUGCAGGACCCCCCGCCGCCGCCGCGCGCCGCUCCCCGCCGCCGCCGCAUCGCCGAAUCGACUCGUAUUCUCUCUCUCGAAGCCGAUCAGCCUGAGGCCCUUUUGUAUCUCCUCCUCCUCCUCCUCCUCCUCCUUCUUCUUCGCAUAAACCCUAGCUCGCGACGAUCCCGAGCUCGCCCGCCAUGGGAGACUACAACGACGCCAUGAUGCGCAACCAGAACGCCGCCGUGCAGGCUCGCACCAAGGCCCAGAGCCGCGCCAACGUUCUGCAGCUCAAGCUGAUUGGGCAAAGCCAUCCCACAGGUUUGACGGCUAAUCUGUUGAAGCUCUUUGAGCCUCGGCCUCCACUCGAAUACAAGCCACCUCCAGAGAAAAGAAAAUGCCCUCUGUACGCAGGGAUUGGGCAGUUUGUCAGUCAUUUUGCUGAACCUGGUGAUCCUGAGUAUGCUCCGCCUGUUCAGAAGGCUGAGACCCCUGUUGAGAGAAGGGCUAGAAUCCACAAUUUGCGUCUGGAGAAGGGUGCGGAAAAGGCUGCUGAGGAGCUUAAGCAAUAUGAUCCAAACAAUGAUCCAAAUAUUUCAGGAGAUCCUUAUAAGACACUUUUCGUUGCGAAGCUUAGCUAUGAAACUUCUGAAAGUAAGCUUAAAAGGGAGUUUGAAUCAUAUGGGCCGAUAAAACGGGUUCGGUUGGUCCAAGAUACAGUGUCUCAAAAACCAAAAGGCUAUGCUUUCAUUGAGUAUCUGCACACCAGGGACAUGAAAGCUGCCUAUAAACAGGCGGAUGGAAGGAAGAUUGAUGGAAGAAGAGUACUUGUAGAUGUUGAACGUGGUAGAACAGUUCCGAAUUGGCGACCUCGCAGACUAGGAGGUGGACUGGGGACAAGUCGUGUUGCAGUUGGAGGUGAAGAUGCUAGUCAGAGGCAGGUUGGGAGGGAGCAACCACCACCUGGAGGACCAUCUAGAUCGGAGGAACCAAGGGCGCGAGAGGAUCGAUAUGAGAGGGAGAAGUCUCGGGAAAGGGGAAGAGACAAAGAGGGAGAACGUGAAAAGUCCCGUGAGCAAUCUCAUGAUCGGCCAAGAGAUCGUGAUCGCAGAGAAGAUAGGCACCACAGGGACCGUGGCCGUGACCGGGAUAGGGAUGGAGAGAGAGAUCGUGGCCGUGACCGUGACCGUGGUCGCGAUCACCGUGAUAGAGACCGUGAACGCGAUCGUGAUCGUGACCGUGACCGUCGUGAUCGCCCUCGUGAGAGGGAUAGAGAAAGGGAUAGGGAAAGGGAAUAUGAAGUUGACCGUGAUCGGGACCGUGGCCGUUCUCAUGAUAAGGAAGCAGACUAUGAUCGCGUUGAAUCAAAGCAUGAUCGGGACAGGCAUGCAGGGAGGGAGCGAGACUAUGAUCAUGCUGAAGCUGAGGAUGAUCAAGGAUAUUACAGACAUUCGGAGCAUGGGCACGGGCAGGUGGAGGCUGACCGCGACUACGAGCCCUAUGAUAACUAUGAGCAGCACCAUGGAGAGCGGGGUCGCUAUGACCACUCUAGUGACCGUGUUCGUUAUGCUCAUUAUCCCGAGGAUGCUCAUCACUAUGAUCAGAUGGAAGAGGACAACUAUCACUACGAUCGCAGUGCCAGUAGAGACCGUGAUCGGGAGUAAAGAUGGAGAGUUCAUAUUUGCGGGAUUAACAGAAUGUGCGCUCUUCUCCCCUUGUUACUUUGAAUUCGCUGGAUUGUUUCGUGGGUGGUGCAGUUUGUUUAUUCGAAUCAGUCGUAGACUGUGUGGUUUGUUAAACAAAACGAAAUGGCUUUUUGGGGACUUCUAAUUUGAAUUUUCGUGUUUUUGUUUA